AUGUCAGUCUAGGAUGUAGAGGUUAUAGAAACGUAUGAACAGGCACCAAUCAAAGUUAGUUAAAAUGAAACUUCAGCACUUUACUCAUUGUUAAUUCUACCUAGCAUUUUUAUUGUAUAUUCCCCAAUAGUUCCCUCUGUUGUACUCACAAAAGUAUUAGUUAAUGUUUAAUAUGUCAAAGUUUCACUUGCCAUUGAUGAAGGUGAAGAUAGUGAAUUAGUUAUUGUAAUUUCACUUUCAGAUGGAUUAAAAUUCAUAAGCCAACCAACAUUUUAAGUAAAACUUGUAGUUGAGGGUGUCUCACUUGAAAAUGUGGAUAUUGUUCCUACAUAGAGUACUUAGGAUAAAUCCAUCCAGCCAGAAAAUAAUUAAUUAUUCAAACCGGUUGAGUAGUAACUUAUGUCUUUGAAUCGAUAUUAGGAUGCAGUAAAAUCUGCUUCUCCAAGUCUUAGUUAAUUGUUAUUUUAAGCAACAAGAUAUCUUAUUUUCAAGCAAUUGGUUGCUUUAACUUAAAUGCAUUAUGAAAAGCCAUUUAUUAAACUGUAAAGGUUGAUUGAUAGGAUUCAAAUCUUACGUUGA